GUCGUUUUCAGACUUCAGGCAGUCGCUGUCGUCGCUGUGGCAAUCGUCCAGCUACUAGACACCAUAGUGCAGUCGUGCCGGACGUUCAUCUGUGGUGACACACGUUUUUUUAACGCAGAUAAAAGAAAUAUACUGAAACACACUAGUGUUCCCAAAUGGCUAUGCUGGUGAAGGAUGUACAUCUACCCACAUCACCAGCGCAAGAACUUAAUUUGCCAAAGCACAAGGAGUACUUGGCAAGCUAUGGGACUAAAAAAGAUGAUUAUGAGUACUGCAUCACGGAGCAUCUGCGAAUGAGCGGUAUCUACUGGGGCCUGACAGCCAUGGACCUAAUGGGUGCCCUGGACUCCUUUGAUAGGGCAGAGAUAAUUGAGUUUGUGAAACAGUGCCAGUAUUCCUGUGGGGGCUUUGGGGCCAGCAUUCAUCAUGACCCUCAUCUCCUUUACACAUUGAGUGCUAUUCAGAUAUUAUCGACGUUUGAUGCCCUGGAUACAAUUGACAUUGAAAAAACCGUAAGCUAUGUCAAGGAACUUCAGCAGGAGGAUGGCAGUUUUUAUGGCGACAAAUGGGGUGAAGUUGACACUAGGUUUUCUUUCUGUGCUGUAGCAUGUCUAGCACUUCUGAUAUAUUGCUGCCUUGGAACCCUGUCCAUACUUGGUCGGCUUCACCAUAUUAAUGCAGACCUUCUUGGUUGGUGGUUAUGUGAAAGGCAACUUCCGUCUGGAGGUCUCAAUGGUCGGCCUGAGAAGCUCCCAGAUGUGUGCUACUCAUGGUGGGUGCUUGCCUCGCUGAAGAUCAUCGGCAGGCUGCACUGGAUAGACAAGGAGAAGCUUCAGAACUUCAUACUUGCAUCUCAGGAUGAAGAAACUGGUGGCUUUGGAGACCGACCGGGAGACAUGGUGGACCCAUUCCACACAUUGUUCGGCUUGGCGGGUCUGUCGUUGCUAGGAGAUGAGAGACUCAAGCCUGUGAACCCAGUCUUCUGCAUGUCCGAAGAGGUUGUAGCGAGGCUGGGUGUGAGACACCAAUUAUUAUCCUUGUGAUAUGGGUGCAGUCGCUCGAGUUACCAUGUCAUUUUUAGAUUUCGUUGUAGUAAGUCAUUCAUAUUCAUCUUGCUGUUACAAGCAGCGGUUUAUUGUUAGGGCCUAAUGCGGAGAAUGCAUUACCUAAUGCAUUUCCUAUUGGGUGAAGAAAGUUAAUAUGGUUGUUGUACUGAUGGACGAAGUUUUCUCUUCUGGCAGAAAUCGCAGCUGCUGCCCGUUGCUGUAUUAGGGCAAUUUAGAUUUGAUUUAUUGUCCCUAUCAUAUUUAUUAUGUUAGUAGAAAGUUACCUGUCAUUUGCUAAGAAAUGGUAUCUUAUUAUGGGCAUGCUGUCUUGCAAUUGUUCUUUGCUCCAACUGUUAGAACAUUACUUGUUCACAGAAUUAGAAUGUGGUACAAUGUUUAUCAAACCAAGGUAAAAGCAUUGCAAGCUUUCGCACGAUUUAACAGAGAGGCUUUCUUUUGGUGCUCGCAUCAGGAGUACACCUUCUAUAACUACAGCAUAGAAUCUUUCAGUGACAAAAUAUUUGAUAUACUGAAAGCAUUUGUAAUGUCUUGCCAUGUUGCCAAGUAAUAUAUUGUGUCUGAAGGUAAUUAUAUACAAGAAUAAAUUGGAAUAUGGAAAUGCUCUCAAAUUUGACCUGUGUACUCUUUUUGUGCUUCUAAAGCUGGAAUCAGUCCGAGCACAAUAAGAAAAAAAAAAAAAUUAGGACGACACUUAAGCUUCACCUUUAAGAGUGGAGAAUGAUAGCAUUAAAAGAUCCCUGACUGCUCAAGCUUCCCAGCAACUGCAGCUUAUGUAACCGUAGUGUUUUCCUGGAAAUGCUGGCGGUGAACGCUAUGCACAAAGGCAAGCUUUUUGGUUCUUUUUUUUUUUGUUGUUGUUUCCCAUGGUGGGUGUCGUGGAUGCUCAGAGGCGAGAACAAUCUGGAUAGUGUUGCAAGAAACUGAGUGGGGUGCGCCACUCCUACUAAGACAGACGUCAAAUAGUGGCCGGAAAAGGGGUUUGUGUUUGAGUUUCUGUGUAACAGAAUGAUAUUUUCUCGUAUGUUCAAAUUACAGUCCGAUGCUAGCAUAUCAUUCUACUUAAAUUGAGGAUGACGCAGCGAGCUAACGAACGAGCUAUGGAAAUAAGAAUGAUGAGUGUAAUGUUAAGGGAUAAGAAGAGAGCAGAUUGGGUGAGGGAACAAACGCGAGUUAAUGACAUCUUAGUUGAAAUCAAGAAAAAGAAAUGGGCAUGGGCAGGACAUGUAAUGAAAAGGGAAGAUAACUGAUGGUCAUUAAGGGUUACGGACUGGGUUCCAGGUGAAGGGCAGCGUAGCAGGGGUUGGCAGAAAGUUAGGUGGGCGGAUGAGAUUAAGAAGUUUGCAGGGACAACAUAGCCACAAUUAGUACAUGACUGGGGUAGUUGAAGUAUGGGAGAGGCCUUUGCCCUGCAGUGGGUGUAACCAGGCUGAUGAUGCUAUCAUGUCUGGAGGUUGUGUGUAAGUUGUUUUUUACGAAUUUUCUGAUGCAUUUUACUUUGAGAAGUUUAAUUAGUUCAGUAACGCCUAUGUGCCACCUGGAGGGCCUGCGGAGUUCGGGAGGAUUUUCUCUUACGGACAAUCUCACCGCCGACGCAGAUGCUGGGUUUUUGGUGACAUGGGGCACUUAAUGCUAUCGUGUUAAAAAGAAAGAAGAUUUUUUGUUGGUGUCAUUAGACUUGGGUAAAGCUUUGAAGGGAUGAAGUCCCUAGCAAUGUUUGUGCUGUCUUAGAUUUUGGUACUCCUGAUAAGCUCUUGCGGUGCAAUUUUCCAAAUGUUUUGCAUUGAAUUCAAUCUCUUCUUUCUCAGUGGUCAGAAAAUUAAACCUCUAUGUAUAUAGCCUCUAUCCAGCCACUACAUUGUCACUCAGCAACGGUAGCAAGAGUCCUCAGUUUAUGCCUAUGUAACAGCUGUUCAAUGAUAAUUAUCCUGCAACUGUGCAAUUAAAGGGACACUGAAGAUGAUUUUAUACUUUACUUUACUUAAAAAAAAUGUGAGUUUAGGUUCCCUGCAUCUUGUCUAGCUGGUUUUACGCUCGUUUAGGCACAUCUGUCUCAGAAAACGCUGCUUUGAAAAUAGCUCGUCUGUAUUUCCCAUGCUCCCGAUAAUGUCUCUUCUAAUCCUGCAAAUCGAAGGUUUGGAUUCCAGCAGGACAGUGCAUUAUUUAACUACCAUAUUUACUCUGUUUUAAUGCGCCCUUGAUUGUAAUGUGCAUCGGCUUUUCAUGUCUAAAAAUGAUGAAUGCUCUUGAUUGUUUCCUCACCACUUUUUCACGGUAAGAGAUCUGUAAUGAUGAUUUGGUCUGAUUUGGAAAAAGAAAUGUUAUUGCAUCCCAUCUACCGUGGAUCUGCUUUCACUUAUUGCCCCUUUCCAUUUGUACUCAUACCUAAUGCACACAUGGUUUUUUAGUAAACUUUUUCAAAAAGAAA